AUGAGUAUAGAAAUCAUAACUGAACAAGUGCAUAAUGGGUAUAAUGAUGAAUUAUCUACCAUUCAAUAUACCCAAUCUCAAAUGGUUGGUCAUGGAUCAUUUGGGGUUGUUUUCCAAACGAAAAUUUUACCCAUGAAUAAAGUGAUGGCAAUAAAACGUGUCUUGCAAGAUAAGAGAUUCAAAAAUAGAGAACUUCAAAUUAUGAAGUUGAUUCAUCAUAGAAAUAUUGUAGAUUUGCAAUAUUAUUUCUUCAAGAAUAAUGAAAAGAAUGAAUUAUAUUUGAAUUUGAUUUUAGAAUUUGUUCCUGAAACUUUAUACAAAGCAUCACAUUACUAUGUUUCUAAGAGAUUGUCCAUGCCCCUUUUAGAAAUUAAAUUAUACAGUUAUCAAAUGUUCAGAGCAUUAAACUUUAUUCAUAUUCAAGGUAUUUGUCAUCGAGAUAUAAAACCUCAAAAUUUAUUGAUCAAUCCAUUUACAGGUGAAUUAAAAUUAUGUGAUUUUGGUAGUGCCAAGAUUUUAAACCCUAAUGAACCUAACGUCAGUUACAUUUGUUCGAGAUAUUAUAGAGCUCCAGAAUUAAUUUUUGGAUCUAUCAAUUAUACAACUAAGAUUGAUAUUUGGUCAGCUGGUUGUGUAAUCGCUGAAUUGAUUUUGGGUCAACCAUUAUUCCCUGGUGAAAGUGGUAUUGAUCAAUUAGUUGAAAUAAUUAAGAUCUUGGGAACCCCUACAAAAGAUCAAAUUAAGCAUAUGAAUCCAAAUUAUAUGGACCAUAAAUUCCCUUCAAUUAAGCCAAUUCCAUUAAAUAAAAUUUUCAAAAAGAUUCCACCUGAUUUUAUUUCCUUCUUAUCGAAGAUUUUACAGUAUAAUCCUUUGGAAAGAUUGAAUUCUUUUGAUUGUUUAUUAGACCCAUAUUUCAAUGAAUUGAAAUUUGAAAACACCAAAUUACCAAAUUUCAGGAAAUUAUUCGAUAAUAAUAAUCAAGAUGAAGAAUUGAAGUUAUUACCUGAAUUAUUUGAUUUCAGUGCUAUUGAAUUAUCAGGUUAUCCUCAUUUAAAUGGUCAAUUAGUUCCUAAUUGGGCUCAUGAUAGAUUGAAGAUUAAUUGUCCUUUAGAUCAAUUUGUACCUUUAAAACCUGAAGAAGUCAAAAUCAAUCAACUAUAA